CCUCCGCUCAUUCUACUCCACACAAGCACUGCGGUGAGCUGUUACUGGGUUCCAGCCUUGGUGCUGGGGCCUGGGGAGGGAGCCGCUGCCCCUAACAGCCACCUGGGGCUGGAGGAGAGCCCCAUGAAGCUCUGCUGUGAGCAGAGGCACUGGCCAGUGCCCUGCCCUGCUCAGGAAGCCUGGAAGGCAAGGUCUUCCGUCUCUUCCUGUGCGGGGUGGCUGCGGCCGCAGGUGGGAGAGGAGGGGAAAUGAGCUGGUGCAGGGACUGCCCCAUUCCCUUCUCGAGUGGGCUGGGCAGCAGCCCAGGCAGGAGAGGAUGAGCAGAGAAUUUCCUGGGUGGCCACACGACAUCCCCACUCCAUUCCCCGGGUCUGAAGUACCUACGGUUCCAUUUGGCACCUGAUCACACACUUCGGUCUCUUCUCUCUCCUCCGCUCACAGCAAAGGGGUAAAAAAUGCUCCAUCUUCAGGGCCUAAGGGAGCACGAGAGAGACCACAGCAGGGUUAGUGAUGCUGACGACUUCAGCUGCGUUGUGCAUGGCAGGAAGCAGGUGGGCAGAGGCACGAACCUGGCUGAGCAAAGGAGAAAUCGGGAGCCACGGCUCAGCUGGCAGGGUGUUCUCAGAGGCAGGGGCACACGGGGGUUGGAUGACCAGGACCCAAGUCCCAUCGCCUGUCUCUGCCUCUAACUCUCAAGCUGACCUUGGGCAGACUCUCCCACGACAAUACAGAGAGAUCAUCCUGGAAGUGUGGGUCUCCUCUCCUGGUGCCCAAGAGAAUGACCUGGAGGUUUUCUCUUUCCCUCUGUCAUGUACAGGCAUAUGGGUUUUGCUUUUGGCCCUGAAAUGGAGCUGGGACACACACACUUUGGCCAAAGCUUUCCCAGGAGACUGCAUGAGAAGUCCAACAUGCCUGCUUGCCAUGCAGGCAUCAGUGGAGAGGGCAGAGAGGGGUGGGUGAUGAGGGGCAGGGAAGUUAGCGCCUCUCAGGGCAAUCUGCCUACUGGGGGCUUCCAAGGCAGCUAGGGUCCUGCCUCUGGGGCAUAACAGGAGGGUCUUGACAGAGACAGUGAUGGUCCCAAAGGGAGGUAGCAAGGGGGGCUCUGCAUGCGAAGCUCAGAGUCCUGGACAUGGGAAACCUAUGGCAGACGGGAACCGUGAGCCCUUGGGCACACAGGAAUCCGAGAGCCGUCACGUGGACAGCCAUGCACGCCCAGGUGAGCAGCUCAUACUUGUGCUUCAUCCAACUGGCAAUGGGAAGCCACAGCAGGUUUUUGAGCUGCAGAGUGCACCAUCAAGGUGGGUCACACCAGCCAAACCUCUGUGACUGGGUGAUGCACUUGGCCCUCAAGGCUUCAGAACACAGACUUGGCUCGGCUGCUGCUUCCCGAGCACCUGCUAUGUGCUGUUUAUUUCAGCGCACAGCAUCUUUGUGCUGACCACUCUGUAGCUGGACAGCCAUGUAUCUGCCCAGCACUGCUCCACUCCCACCACUCUCCUUCUCUCUCACCCUGCAGCUCCGCCCGGCUGCUCUGAGUGGAGAGCGCUCCUUUCUGCCUGUCACUGCACACAAGGCAGACUUCCUGGCCUCCCGCCUGUAGGAGACCUUGCUGUAAGAACCUGCUGCCAGGAUGCUCUCCAGGGCCGGUGCUGUGGCAUAGUGGGUAAAGCCACCACCUGCAGUGCCAGCAUCUCAUAUGGGCACCGGUUCAAGUCCUGGCUGCUCCACUUCUGGUCCAGCUCUCUGCUAUGACCUGGGAAAGCAGCAGAAGAUGGCCCAAGUCCUUGGGCCCCUGUACCCACAAAGGAGACCUGGAAGAAGCUCCUGGCUCCUGGCUUUGGAUCAGCAUAGCUCUGGCUGUUGUGGGAGUGAACCAGCAGGUGGAAGACCUCUGUCUCUGUCUCUACCUCUCUCUGUAACUCUGCCUUUCAAAUACAUAAAUAAAUCUUUAAAAAAAAAAAAAAAGAACAUGCUGCCAGGAUGCUCUCUGACCGUGGCAGGCAACUCCCAGUCCCCACCAAGCUCCUGAGAUGGCCCAUCUCCUGCCAGCCUUACACUGGGCGACUCUUGUUUAUCUGGGAGUUGAAGCAAAAAAUGGUUCCAGGCCAGGCAUUGCAUCUCAUUGGUGCUUGCUUCAAACAGAGGAAACAAUUGAAGAGUGUUGAGAUGGCCGGCUUUGUGGUGCCAGCAUCCCAUAUCAGAGCCAUGGUUUCAGUCCCCACUGCUCCACUUCCGAUCCAGCUCUGUGCUAUGGCCUGGGAAAGCAGUGGAAAAUGGCCCGAGUCCUUGGGCCCCUGCACCUGCAUGGGAGAUCUGGAGUUUCAGGCUCCUGGCUUCAAGUGCCAUGGUGGUCACUUAGGGGAGUGAACCAGCAGACAGAAGAUCUCUGUCUCUCCCUGUCACUCUUUCAAAUAAAUAAAUAAAAUUUUUAAAAAUAUAUAAGAAAUCGGGCACUGGAUUCUGUCCCGGUUUCCCCUCUUCCAGGCCAGCUCUCUGCUGUGGCCAGGGAGUGCAGUGGAGGAUGGCCCAGGUGCUUGGGCCCUGCACCCCAUGGGAGACCAGGAGAAGUACCUGGCUCCUGCCAUCGGAUCAGCGUGGUGCGCCGGCCACAGCGCGCUGGCCAUUGGAGGGUGAACCAACGGCAAAAGGAAGACCUUUCUCUCUGUCUCUUUCCCUCUCUCACUGUCCACUCUGCCUGUCAAAAAAUAUAUAUAUAUGUAUAUAUAUAUAUAUAUAUAUAUAUAAGAAAAAUGUUGAGGAUUAAAAAAAUAGCAACAGCAAGCCUCUGGCCUAGGCACCUGACUUAGGGGAUCCGUGCUGCCCACCCUCAGUCACGUGUUACAGCUUCCACUUAGUGCACACACGCGCUUGGGCAAGUCUGCACAAUCGCUGGUUUGGAUUCUGGUGCAGGUGCCGGCACAGGUGCUCCAGGCUAGAGAACACCGCUGCUCUGUGCUGUCCCAGCGGCAGCAGCUGCAGAUCUGGAUGCAGCGAUUUGGGGCCAGGCAAGCCACACAGAGGCCACUUCCUCUCAGUCACCUUUCUCCGCUUCCCACUCAGCCAGGACAGCUCCCACGUAUCUUCUUUAUCAGAUCCUUAUCUACUCCUCACUUGGGGAAGUUCCCAACCCCGCCCGGCCCCCAAACACACCUCCAGCACCGCCAGGAGAGGAGGGGGAGGGAGUUUUCCAUGCGGCCACUGGGUGUGAGUAAGUGUCCCUUCUGCCUGUGACUCCCACCUCUGCACGGCCUGGGAAACUCCACCCCGGGCUCAUAUAAGCUUUGGGCACUGAAGGAUGGGCCAGGAGAGAGAUCUCAGUGUCUCCGGAGCCCGACUGCCCGAGAUGAAGCUUGUCCCCGUGGCUCUGGCGUGCCUGCUGCUGGUCGCGAUGUGGCCUCAAGACGUGGAUGGCAAGAGCAUGCACGUAUCCUCCUCCAACUGCUGCUUCUCCUUCGUGGAGAAAAGGAUUCCCCUGAAGACCAUCCACUGCUACAGAAGGAGCAGCUCCACCUGCCCCUACGACGCCAUCAUAUUCAAGCUGAGAGGAGGCAGAGAAAGCUGUGCCUUGAAGACAGUGGGCUGGCUCCAGGGCUACUUUAAAAAGAUGAAGCCCUGCCUGCCAAAGGGACCCUGAGCGGAUUCCCUUCCCUCCUGAGCUCUGUUCCUCGCCACACCUACCUCUAGUCCUGCUCCCUUCCUUCUACUGGGACUUGAUAAGCUACAAUGUUGCACUUUACUUAAUCCCAGAAUCCUGCACUCCUGCUGGCUGGUGCCUCUUGGAUCCCAAGGGGACUUCAGGGUGCAAAACUGAUUGGCACUGAGGGGUGGGGCUAGGGGCUGAAGGGUGGGGGAGGAGGGAGACAUGCUGGACUUGGUACCUAGGGAACAGGAGCCAAUAAAAGACUUACUCCCUG